UUAUGAUGAGGUUGUCACAGGUGAGCCUGAACCCACUCUAGCUAGCUUGGUUAUAUACCAUGAUAUCGUGAAUGUGGACUAUAUAAAACAUGGAGAGAGUAAGUUCAGCUUCUAAAGUCUCCUUUCUUUUUUGGGCUAUUUUGGUGCUUCAUUUGCUCCUUAAUGCUUCUUCAAAUGUGGAAAGUGAUACCCUUAUUGCAUUGAAGAGCAACUUAAAUGAUCCUAACAGUGUUUUUCAAAGUUGGAAUGCUACCAAUGUCAAUCCCUGCGAGUGGUUUCAUGUUACAUGCAAUGAUGAUAAAAGUGUGAUCCUUAUUGAUCUUGAAAAUGCAAACCUUUCUGGUACCCUGAUUUCAAAAUUUGGUGAUCUUUCAAAUUUGCAGUACUUGGAGCUUUCUAGUAAUAAUAUAACAGGAAAAAUCCCAGAAGAGUUAGGAAAUUUGACAAACUUAGUGAGCUUGGAUCUUUACUUGAACCAUUUAAGCGGUACCAUACUGAAUACAUUGGGCAACCUUCACAAACUAUGUUUCCUGCGUCUCAACAAUAACAGCUUGACUGGAGUCAUUCCCAUUUCUUUGUCAAAUGUUGCUACGCUGCAAGUUCUCGAUCUCUCAAACAACAAUCUAGAAGGGGAUAUCCCAGUGAAUGGUUCAUUUUUAUUAUUUACCUCUUCCAGUUAUCAAAAUAAUCCUCGUUUGAAACAACCAAAAAUCAUUCAUGCACCACUUUCUCCAGCAUCAUCAGCUUCUUCAGGUAACAGUAAUACUGGAGCUAUUGCUGGAGGAGUUGCUGCAGGUGCUGCUCUGUUGUUCGCAGCUCCAGCAAUUGCACUUGUUUAUUGGCAAAAAAGAAAACAAUGGGGUCAUUUCUUUGACGUUCCUGCUGAGGAGGAUCUUGAACACCUUGUUCAGAUUACAAGGUUUUCUCUACGUGAACGGCUAGUAGAAACAGAUAACUUCAGUAACGAAAACGUUCUAGGUAGAGGUAGAUUUGGAAAGGUUUACAAAGGUCACUUAACUGAUGGCACUCCUGUAGCAAUACGAAGACUUAAAGAGGAACGCGUCGCGGGUGGAAAGCUGCAGUUUCAAACUGAAGUUGAAUUGAUCAGCAUGGCUGUGCAUCAUAAUUUGCUUCGCCUUCGUGAUUUUUGCAUGACACCUACUGAACGCUUGCUUGUGUAUCCUUACAUGGCUAAUGGAAGUGUAUCGUGUUUACGAGAACGUAAUGGCUCUCAACCUCCGCUUGAGUGGCCAAUGCGGAAAAAUAUUGCGUUGGGAUCUGCCAGGGGGAUUGCUUACUUGCAUUAUAGUUGUGACCCUAAGAUUAUUCACCGUGAUGUGAAAGCUGCAAAUAUAUUGUUGGAUGAGGAAUUUGAAGCAAUUGUUGGAGAUUUUGGUUAUGCAAUGCUUAUGGAUUACAAAGAUACCCAUGAUACUACUGCUGUCUUUGGUACGAUUGGGCAUAUAGCACCUGAAUAUCUCUUAACUGGAAGGUCUUCAGAAAAGACCGAUGUUUUUGCAUAUGGUGUGAUGCUUCUUGAACUAAUAACUGGACCGAGGGCUUCUGAUCUAGCACGUCUUGCUGAUGAUGAUGUGAUAUUGCUUGAUUGGGUUAAAGGACUUCUUAAAGAGAAGAAGUUCGAAACACUGGUAGAUGCAGAGUUAAAGGGAAAUUAUGAUGAUGAUGAGGUAGAGCAGUUAAUCCAAGUUGCUUUACUAUGCACACAAGGGUCCCCUAUGGAAAGACCUAAGAUGUCUGAGGUGGUGAGAAUGCUAGAAGGCGAUGGUUUGGCCGAAAAAUGGAUGCAAUGGCAGAAAGAAGAGAAGUACUGACAAGAUUUUAGCAACAACCGCAUGCAUCACCCUUCUAAUGCAAAUCGGAUAUAGUAGUAGAUUCAACUUCACACAUCGAGCCAGAUGAACUCUAAGGUCCUAGACGAUCCGUUUGAAGAUUCUAUCAUAUCCACUAGUGAAUACACAAUCCUUCUUCCUCUGCCUGAAAGAGAUAAACUUUCAUGAUUUGUGGAUAUGCUUUUCACCAUUUCUUCUACUUGAUCUUUUCUUUUGAUCUUCUUGAAAUUAUCUUGUAUCUUCACGUUACAUGGGGUCAUUGAUCAGGUUAUGAUUAUUUACGAAAAUGUUUGGAAUU